UUUCAUCUCAGCAACGAUCCCAAAUCACCUCAAAUAAAAAGCUCAAGCAAAUUGAAAAAAAUAAAGGAAAAAAAAACAUGGAGCGGGAACAUGAAGAACAAUCUCCGACCACAUCAUCGUCAUCGUACCCAGUGUUUCUAAAGAUUAUGAGCAAAAGAAGAACAUGGGUGUUCCUCUUCGUGUUCGUUUACGCCGUCCUUUUAGAUUCCUCAUGGAGCUUCCUCAAAUCAACCCUGUCUUGGUACCAAAACCAAGCCCGAGAACCCACCGGAUGACCUGCCCUCGGCGGGGUUUUCGGGUUGCUCUCCAUGGCGGCGGCUCUGGCCGUGGCCGUGCCCGCCACCUUGGUGACGUGGAUAACGGUGGUCGUCUUGCUCGCUUUCUUCGGGGAACCGAAGAAGGCGCUGGUGGUCGAAGGGAAGAAGAUCACGAGAGAGAUCGCCGGGUCUGUUUUCAAGACCCUGCUGAAAGAAGGCAACUUUUUGGCGGCUGUUUGUGCUGUUUUGGGUUAUUUUGCUCUUGUGAGGAACAAUAAUGGCGAGGGAUUAAAUUGAAA